AUGGAGGAACUGAAGCAGCGGGGACACAAGAGAGAAGGCCGUCACAGAGACACCUGGGACCCGUUCCAGCUGAACCCGAUCGGAGCCGAAAAAGAGAAGAAGAGAAUAUGCUUUCAGAUUCUGCAGAACCUGGUGGCCGUUAUUGUGGGUCUGCUCGUGUUGGUCAGCGGGGUCAUGAGCAAGGGCUCUCUGCUGGUCUUGACCACUCUGACCAGUCCAGUGUCUUUGAGAAACAACGUGGACAAACAGUUCUACACGCUGAUGUUGAUGUGUGUGCUAGUGAUGCCAAACCUACUGAUGUUCCUGAAGUCUCUGUGGAAGUGCGUCUUCAAGAGCUAUGUGGCCCCGAACACAAGGACACUGGGAAUCAUGUGUGGGAUUGAGAGUCUGGUGGCAGUCGGGACUGCGAUACUGGUGCUCAUUGUGAUGCCUAAGCUUGAUGUUCUCACAAACCUCAGCAUCCCCGGAGGCAUCUGCAUCCUUUCAGCCGUGCUUCAGAUCGCCUUCCGCUUGCAGACGCAGAGCUGGAUGAUCCUCUACCCCAUAUGCUCCCUCAUCCUAGUGCUCAGCGGCUACGUUCUACUGGUGGUCGACUACUUCGUGAGAGAAUCCUCUUUUGUCCCAGGACAAGUAGAAGGUUGUUACAUAUAUGUAGGUAUUGCGAUUUUUGCAUCGCUGCUGGUUUCUCUGAACUGGUGGGAGAACCCUUUUCAGGCCAGCACUAACAUUCAGGAAAUGCUCAGCGAACUGGACACUUUCAGAGACGCCGUUUAUCUGUUCACCAGCCUCAUUCGAAUAGCGCUGACUUUGGGGGUGUACUUUCUGUAUUACUGCCUGAUUGCUGAGACUCCCAUUGUAUGGAAUGAUUUCACCAAAGCCAGUAAAGGCACGGUAGAGAUAGGCCUUGGGCUGUUUUCCCUGCAGGCGUUCUGCUCUGCUGCGUGCCACUGGUUUGGAGUCGUGGCCUGCAAGAUCCACGCGAUGAGAUUUGGUUUUGCUCUGCCUGUGUCAUUAACUGGUCCAGCAACACUAAUCCUGGGCAUAAUACUUUUCUUGACGCAAGCUGAGAGUUUGGUCCCUUCAUCUGAAACUGCUAGCUUAUAUAGCUCCGCCAACAAUUUUACAAUUCAUACUCCUUUCUGGCCAUUUUGUCAUGAACUUGAAGCUCUCAAGGACGUCAAUAAAACCUCGGUUAUAAUGUUGGAAAUUUCCUAUAGUAUCUGCAAAACGUCACUCAACAACCCGAACGCCAUGUGGCCUUUCUCCAUGCUGGCGCUGGAGGGGGUCUGCAUGUGGCUCGGGCUGGUCUCAGGCACGUAUUACGUCUGGAAAAUAAAGGUACAGAGAAUCGAACGCACGUCCCAACUUUUCGUACGCCGCCUGUAUGAAUCCGCCUUCAUUGACCUCUCUAUGCUGCUGAACACGAAAAUGAAAGUGGUUCGUACGGCAAACAAGGAGAGUAGUAGUAACAAUGAAGUGGAAAACUGUGUCAUUUACCUUUGUGCAACAAUGUGGCAUGAAACAUACGAUGAGAUGCUGAAAAUCGUGACUUCAAUGUUCAGAUUGGACAGAUACCGAGGGGAUCCAAAGGAGGAACACAAGGAUUGCUUUGACUUUGAGUGCCAUAUUUAUGUUGACGAUGCCUUCAUGUUAGAAAAAGACACGGAGAGAAAGCUUGUCAACUCCUAUGUUUGCGAUCUCAUAAAAGUAGUCAUGGAGGUGUACAGGGUGUUUACAAAUAAGGAGCCUGAUGAAGUUUCCAUCAUUGAAACACCAUAUGGUGGUCGUCUUAUGAUUGUCAUGCCAGAGGGAAACAUGCUUUACGUCCAUCUUAAAGACAAACAACUGAUUCGAAACAAAAAGAGAUGGUCACAGAUCAUGUACCUGUACUACCUGCUUGGAUGGAAAGGAUACAAUGUCAAAAACCCUCAGAAAAUAACAAGACAAAACAACCCAUGUCGUGCCAGUCUCAUUUCAUUAGAUGGUGAGAGUUAUUUACUACCUUCUUAUGACAAUGACAGCAAGAGGAGGCACAUAUCUGAUGACAACACGUAUAUCAUGGCCUUGGAUGGAGACACAGACUUCCAACCCGCUGCUCUGAUUCUGCUCGUGGAUCGGCUGAGAAUGUAUGACACCGUGGGCGCAGCCUGUGGACGCAUCCACCCCACAGGAAUGGGCCCAAUGGUGUGGUAUCAGAAGUUCGAGUACGCAGUGGGUCACUGGCUUCAGAAGACAGCGGAGCACGUGUUUGGGUCGGUUCUGUGCAGUCCAGGCUGUUUCAGUCUGUUCAGAGGAUCUGCACUGAUGGACGACAACGUCCUGAAGCGAUACACCACCAAAGCCACACAAGCCUCUGAGUAUGUGCAGUAUGAUCAAGGUGAGGACCGUUGGCUGUGCACUCUUCUCCUGCAGCAGGGCUGGCGGGUAGAGUAUAACGCUGCUUCAGACGCUUUCACCAACUCACCGCAAGAGUUCAAAGAGUUUUACAACCAGAGGCGUCGAUGGGGUCCUUCAACACUGGCCAACACUCUCGAUCUGCUCCACAGCGGGAAAGACACGGUCAAGAGGAACACCUCCAUAUCCAUGCUCUACAUCUUAUAUCAGAUCUUCACUGUGGCUUCCUCCAUCCUGGGACCUGCCUCUGUCACCCUCAUGAUAGCAGGAGCUUUCCAAUUUGUGUUUGGAAUUGAAGGCACUCUUUCCAUAGUAAUUGCUGUUAUACCUCCAACUGUUUACAUGCUCAUAUGUUUUGUGGCCAACCCCAACUUCCAAAUCACAAUUGCUGCCAUUCUCAGUGUCAUAUAUGCAUUCCUGAUGACUGCAUCCUUCUUCUCCAUUAUUGGUGACAUGGUUAAACAGGGGACAUUUAUAACCCCCACUGGACUCUUCCUGGUGUCUGGUGCGAUCCUGUACAUGGUGACAGCCAUCCUUCACCCUCAAGAGUGCACUUUGAUUAUCUACGGUCUAAUGUACUUCAUCUGCAUUCCCAGUGGAUAUCUCCUCCUCACGAUAUAUUCCCUAGUCAACAUGCACAUUGUGUCUUGGGGCACUCGAGAAUCUAACAAGGGCAAGGAGCAGAAAAAGCAAGUGGGUGUCGUGUGCAAUCGCGACUGCAGAAUGUGCUGUUGGGACGUGAAAAUCCAAGUCACUCAGGAGACCGAAAAUCUAAUCCUUCAACAAAUCCAGCAAGCCGUCAAUCCAAACACACCUGCUACCAAGACCAAGCCAGACGAGCCGAAGGCUCAGAGCACCCAUGAAGUCCAGAGCAGCUUAGAUGCAAACAAACGCAUCCUGGACUACAACGAGGAGACGCCUCAUAAGAAGGAGUCCAAAGAGAAUCUCAACAAGGACUACAAGGAAAAAGACACUUGUUCUGAUAGAAGUGGGAGUUCCAAAAGCUGUGAGAAAAAAAACGACCCAUUUAAUGAUGACACAGAUUAUGACGAUGACGACGAUGAUGAUGAUGAUGAUGAUUAUUACAAUGAUUACGAUACUCUGGAGCCAAAAGAUGUUGUGCCUGAGAGUGACUGGGUGGAGCCCGUGAAGAAAGAGUUCCUGAAGAAACUGACGUAUGCAAAUCUGAAGAGAAACCUUCAGGAGCAGAUCCGAUACACACUGAGAAACAAGAACAAGGAGGAUCUGUGCGAGGAACUGGUGUCGAUUCUCACCGACACCCUGAACGAGGAGCUGAGGGAUAAAGUGGGUCCCGAGGACGUGUUGAGUGUGAAUCAGCUGGAGGAACUGCAGUAUGCUCUGAACGAAGCCGCCAGGCGCAUCGUGAAGUCCAACCGCAUCGAGAACGGAGCGCAGAGACUGGAGCAACGCGUCAAGAGGGCAAUCGAAAGAACACUUGUGGCUCCACAGGUUGAGAAGCUAUCUGAGGCUUUGAUCCUGAGUUAA